AUGCUCUUUUUACAUCUGCACCGAAUUUGCUGUCUUUUAUUUCUUAUUGGAUUAGCUGCGGCUAGUCAUCCUCCAGCUCCGUUGGAUAUUCGAAUCGAUCAUCAUAAAGUGAAUACCACUCGUGAUUUGAUAAUCAAUACACCCAGACCAUCGUUUUCCUGGAAACUUCGUGUUUCAGACAAUGUUCACGAUCGAAAUGUGCAACAAAUUGCCUACCAGAUUCAGCUGAAGUCGACGAGACUAGCUCGAGGAGAAAAACCAUUUCAAUGGGAUAGUCAACGUGUGAUUUCUUCACGAUCAAUACAUGUUCCAUACCAGGCUGAUGUUGAUCUCUUACCAUCGACAUACUAUCAGUUUCGUGUACGAAUCUGGUUGAACAACAUCGACGAGCCAAGUCAUUGGGCAGAAUGGAUUCAAUUUCGUACGCCGAUAUUUGGUUUACAUGAUUAUUUGAUCAACAAGACUGAACUUCUGUGGAUUGGUUCAACAGAGAUUAAUAUGAACGAAUUGCGCAAAGAGUUUUUUGUGCCCGCUGAUAGUCCGAUAAAAUCUGCAAUUGUUUAUUUAUGUGGUUUAGGAUAUUAUCAGUUUUAUCUCAAUGGUGAAAAUGUCGAUCCUAGUCGCAAACUGGAUCCGGGUUGGACGACUUAUGAAAAACGUACCUUAGUUGUAUCAUUCGAUGUUACUGCAAAUAUUACCACUGGUAUGAAUGCCGUCGGAGUCAAGUUGGGCAAUGGUUGGUAUAGUAUCGAACAGCACGGUCGAGAAACCUAUGGUAAAUAG